CGAAUGAAAAUGGGCCGCGGCGGUGGAACGAACCGAGGGGCCCGAAGAGAGGCAGCGCGGGGGGAGAGAGAAGCCCUCGGUGUUCGCGGUGGGCUCCGGGCCCUGCUCGUCGUCCGAUGUUCUCACCCUCAGUCAGUGAAUCAUCUCCACAUUUAUUUUACUUCUGAUAUCGCCUUGGAGGCAGAAAACAUAUUUCGACACUGAAAUCCCUGUAACACAUUCCUUUAUUUUCCAAAAUAAGAUCUGGAAGCAUGUACUUACCCAUUUGCUCACGUCAGGGUUAUUCACUCCCGAUUUCUGCCGCUUCCCUCACACUGCCAGAAAUCCAGGUGCAUUUUCACAGCACUUGAAGUGAUUUAGGGGAAGGAAAGUGAAGGGAAGGGAAACCUUGAGGAACCUUGAUGGUCCCUUUCCUUCUCUUCCCAUCCCUUUCUUUCCCUUCCUCUUCCUCUUUCCAUUCCUCCUCUUUCCUCUCUUUUCCUUGCCCCUUCUCCCUCCCCCCUUAUUAUUUUUUUUAAAUGAGCACCUUGCUGUCCUAGUAUUUCAAGCAGGAAGCAGAGCUGUGUAAGGUGACCAUCAAAAGCCCUGCUCAGAGGAAUUAGAUCAAGAACACAGAGACUAAACAAAUGGAAAAAAUCACUCAUGUGGAAGCUCUGAUGUUUGGUGCUGUGCUGGAGAGCUGUGUGGAUCAGCUUACAAUUAUUGGAUACAUCAUGCCAGUUCCACCUUCAGACAAGGCAGACAUCAACCUUGAAACGAAAGCAGUGAUCCAGGAGGAGCUGGGUAUCAACUUCCCAGAGCUUAUGGCAGCAAAGCAAGAGAGUGGGCAAACAGUCCUGGAAAACACUGAACAAGAGCAGCAGCAGGGGAAAACUGAAGAUCACAAAAGAUCUUCCAAAACCCCCAAGAAACACAUCACUCGGGCUCUAGAGAAGCUCAAAAAAAUCUAUGCUGACAGGCAGUAUGCAAGUGAUGUAAUCACAGUCACUAUUAAAAAGAUGGAGGAAUUGGGAACAUUUAGUAGCCUAACAGAUGCUAAUGAGAGAGAGAAGGCAAGAAAGGGCAAGUUUUAUGACAUCCUCAGCAGGGAGGAAAAAGGAAAGAAGGACAUAAAGGCACUCCAGAAACAGCUGCAAGAAGUCAAGAAACAAACUGGUCAAGACCUUCAGAGACGAGAAAAAGUUAUUGAUGGCCUUAAAGAUAAGCUUCAAGAGAUCACGGCCAAAGUGGACACAGAGAGCAACUACCUGAAGAAAAACUCCGAUCUCCAGAUCCAACUAACCCAGAAAAAGUGCAGCAGUGCAGAGAAUGCCCUGGAGAAGGAAAUCCAGAAUUUGAAGAGCAAAAUUGAUGAGGAGAUUCAGCUUCACACAGAGACUGAAGAUUUCCUCAUGCAAGAGUAUCAGAAGGUGAAAGAGAGGCUGGAAUACUGGAUAGACAAGUAUCAAAAAGACACUGCUGCAAAAGAUCAAGAACUGGAUGAUCUAAGAGCAUUAAAAGCAGAGAACUUGGAAACAAUGCAGAGAUUUGCCAAGGAGUGCCUGACAUUCCAGACAACCAUCAUCAUUGACCGGACAGACAAGGAGACUAAGAAGAAACAAAGAGAGCGGGAAGCCCUGGAGCUGAGGAGUGCUGUGAAGGUGCAGGCCUGGUGGAAAGGUACAAUGGUCCGCAGAUUCCUCGGCCCCUACCAGAAGCUUGAGAAGUAUUUGAAGGGAAUAGGAGAGGAAACAGGCAAGGAAAAAUCUGGAGCAAAGAAGAAAAAAGCUAAGUAAAGAAAGUGGCCACAGAUGUGCUCCAGGACUGCUGCUGGGCAGGGCACUGUGGUAUGUCUGACAGGACAAAAUAAACCAUGUAACAGAGCUUAGGCAAUUUUGGAGAAUGCAGUUCCUGCAGACACACUUAUGGUGAAGCUGCACUAAAGAUCUUAAAGCUGCCCUUGUUCAGCCUUUUUUCCCCAGCAGAAAGGGGAUUUGCAUCAAAGCAGUGAGAAACACUGUAUCCCCUGCAAAGAGCUUUAUGGAAACAAGACAGUGGGAGGCAAUCUGUUACCAGCCCAGUAACUCAGCAGUGUGGGAUGCUCUGCACCCAGAACCUCCUCUGCUGCCCCCAAAGCACUCGUUGUGGCUCUGUGUUAGGUGGGGAGGCUGAGGCAGCCCCAGCUGGGCUCUCUCUGUGCUCUCCAUGCCUCCAGCUCUGGCAUCAGGUCAGCAGGGAGAACACGGGCAAGUCUGCAGUGUAAACACAAGUGCAGUCAGAGCAUGCAGGUUUCCAUUGCCACAGUCCUGCACAGUGUCAGUGCACAGACAGAACAGCUCCAUGUACCUUCUGACCAAGGAAAAAACAAGGAGCUGUGGAUAUAUGAGCAAAGGAUUCUGUACAAAAUCAGUCUCUGGGAAGGCUAAAAAUACCUAAGAAAAACCUUCUGAUGUGGCUGCAAAAUAUGUGUAAAAAUACUGUGAUUUUCCUGUCCUGGUUAACGAUGAAAAAUAGAAAAUCAAAGCAGGUCCAUCUAAUGCUAACUGCGAUGACGUGAAAGGGGAAUAAACACCUGACACAGAGGAUGGGACAUUCCUUGGUGCAACAGAAAAACAGCAAGAAGAAAUACUGCAAUUCAUGUAAGUUUUAAAACUU